AGGAUGCGGGGCUGCCGUGGCUCAGCCCCCCACGAGGCUGCAUGCGUCAGGGUUGCCGUGGACCCCCGAGCCUGGCCCACCCGACUGGGAUGGCAUGUGGGGCGGGCCCGCAGCAACCCACCCUAGGGGUCCAGGGGGAGCCCGAGCCAGCUGAAGGCCCCGCCCACCCUCCACCAGACAUAAACGAGCUGAACCUGCCCAAGACCUGCGACAUCAGCUUCUCCGACCCCGACGACCUCCUCAACUUCAAGCUGGUCAUCUGUCCCGAUGAGGGCUUCUACAAGAGUGGGAAGUUCGUGUUCAGUUUUAAGGUGGGCCAGGGUUACCCACAUGACCCCCCCAAGGUGAAGUGUGAGACGAUGGUCUAUCACCCCAACAUCGACCUCGAGGGCAACGUCUGCCUCAACAUCCUCAGAGAGGACUGGAAGCCAGUCCUCACGAUAAACUCCAUAAUUUAUGGCCUGCAGUAUCUCUUCUUGGAGCCCAACCCUGAGGACCCGCUGAACAAGGAGGCCGCCGAGGUCCUGCAGAACAACCGGCGUCUGUUCGAGCAGAACGUGCAGCGCUCCAUGCGGGGCGGCUACAUCGGCUCCACCUACUUCGAGCGCUGCCUCAAGUAGGGCCAGCGCACACCGGCCCCUGCCGGGCGCAGCCCGACAUCCCCUGCAGAUAUUUAUUGGGGGCCGCCUUUGGGGAAGCCCAGCGCGGCGCCCACCGGGGCUCAUAGUUAUUUUUUUUUAACCACCACGUGAUUACAGUCGGUCGGCGCCGCCUCCGCGACCCGCUCAGCAAUGGGAAAUGAAUUGGCUCCUCUAGCCCCCUGCUGGGUGCUGUCCGGCCCCCCGCUCUGGGCUCUGGGGUGGGGCGCGCUGGGGUCGGGGAGGCCGGGGCCCCUGCUCCCCACCCCUGCCCCGCCGCUGGCGGGCCCGCCAGGCUAUUAAAGGGGAAUGUUACUGCA